UAUCUCCCGCGAAAAAGUCUCGCGCGUGUUGGUACAGUAGUUUGUGGCUGACAUAGCUAGUUAGCUUGGAGCAGCUAGCGCCUAGCCCCGCAGGUAAACACGGGAGCCGGGAGAGAGGACUGUUCGCUGCCGCUGUGUUUUCACAAAGCAUGUCAGCUAGAAGUGGCAGUCAGCGCGGGAUUACACCGUUAACGCUAAGUUAAUACGACGGGCUUAGGAUAUCCGCACUGUCAACACUGCGCUGGAAUUAGCUCGACACAGGCAAUGUCGGUAGUCUGCGUUUAUAUUAUGAAUGAAGAUACUCACAAACGAAUUUCUACAUUACAACGAAUACAGGCCAGUCUGUCCAUCUGGGGAUGGGGGGGUCUUGGAGUUGUGCUGUUCCUCGUCACUUUUGGACCCUUUGCCAUAUUCUACCUGGCCUUUUAUAUCUUCUGCUUCAUUGGAGGGGGCUUUGCGGUCACUUUGCUUUAUGGAAAGAUUAACUCGGAGAAACACCUGGAAAAGUGCGAGCACUCGUACUUACCACCCACACAAAUUGGUAUACUGAAGACGUUGGAUGAGAUGAAGCUGGAGAUGAAGCCUAUAAAAAUUGACAGAAGACUCACAGGCUCGAGUUUCAUAGAUGAACCACUACAGCAGGUGAUCCAGUUUGCACUGAGAGACUACAUCCAAUACUGGUACUACACCCUGAGUGAAGAUGAGUCCUUCUUACUAGAGAUCAGACAGACGCUGCAAAAUGCCCUUGUCCAGUUCUCCACACGGUCCAAAGAGGUGGACUGGCAGCCUUACUUCACCACUCGCCUGGUGGACGACUUUGCCACACAUUUACGUGUUUUCAGAAAAGCCCAGGAUCGCCUCGGUGACAGAGAAGACAAACUAAGGGACAUAACAGAUGAUCUGAUGGAGUCUUUCUUUGAGGCUGAGGUGGAGAUGGAAAGGAAGAUUUGUCGAGAUGUUGUGUGCACCUCACACAAAGAUGAAGAAGGGUUUCUUCGGGACUUGUGUGAAUUGCUUCUGUACCUGUUACUACCUCCUGGAGACUUCCACAAUAAGAAUAUGAGAUACUUCCUAAGGGAGGUGCUAGCGCGUGGUGUGCUGCUUCCUUUGAUCAACCAGCUGAGUGACCCAGACUACAUCAACCAGUUUGUCAUAUGGAUGAUCCGGGAUAACAGCUGUAACUAUGAAGCCUUCAUGAACAUCCUGAAGUUAACAGAUAAGCCUGCUGAGCUGGAGGCCGUUAGAGACAAGGUGCUGGAGGAGCUGCAGUUUCUCCGCUCCCUGGACACUGCUGGAGACGACAUCAACGUGAUCAAGAACCAGAUCAACAGUCUUCUGUUUGUGAAGAAGGUGUGUGAGACCAGGAUCCAGAGACUGCAGUCUGGCAAGGAGGUUGAUGCCUUUAAGCUGGCAGCCAACUUUGGAAAGCUGUGUGUCAUCCCGCUGGAUCACAUCCUCGUCCACAACAUAGCCCUGCAGUUCUUCAUGGACUUCAUGCAGGCAGCGGGGGCCCAGGCCGAGCUGUUCUUCUGGCUCACAGUGGAGGGAUACAGGGUGACGGCGCAGCAGCAGCUGGAGGCCAUGCAGAGCUGGCAGAAGGACGGCAAGAAGCAGCCUAGUGACACUAAAGGGCUGCUGAAGGCAGCUGCACUGGGUGUCUAUGAACAAUACCUCUCUGACAAGGCGUCCCCCAGGGUGCAGGUGGACGAGGCAUCACUAACAAGGCUUGGGGAGAAGCUACGGAAAGACGACCCCACGCCAGAGAUAUUUGAUGAAAUCCAGAGAAAGGUGUAUGACAUGAUGCUACGCGAUGAGCGGUAUUACCCGUCCUUCAAGCAGAGCCCUCUCUAUGUCCGCAUGCUUGCAGAGCUGGACAUGUUGAAAGAGCCAAGCUACCGAGGGUCUGACGAUGGUGAUGGAGAGUCCUUUAAUGGUUCUCCAACAGGAAGCAUAAACCUAUCUUUGGAUGACUUGCCCAAUUCCUGCCAUGAUGAAUCUAUGCACCUUCAUGCCUUCAUCUCUGACACAGGGGUGUGCAAUGACCACGGUAAGACCUACGCACUGUACACCAUCACUGUGGUUAGACGCAACCAAGAUGGCAGUGAGGAUGCCUGGAAGACCUACCGCCGCUACUCAGACUUCCAUGACUUCCAUAUGAGAAUCACUGAACAGUUUGAGAACCUGGCAUCAAUCCUCAAGCUGCCAGGAAAGAAGACCUUCAAUAACAUGGACAGAGACUUCUUGGAGAAGAGAAAAAAAGACCUCAAUGCUUACCUACAGUUGCUGCUGAACCCAGAGAUGGUGAAGGCCUGCCCAACUCUGAUCCCUUACGUGUAUGACUUCCUAGAGAACAAGGCCUAUAGCAAGGGCAAAGGAGAGUUUGCACGGAAGAUAGACACAUUUGUGAACCCUCUGCGGAGCUCCAUGAGAAACGUGUCCAAUGCAGUAAAAGCCUUCCCAGACAGUUUAGCAGAGGGAGUGACCAAAGUCUCCGAUAACAUGGGCCGCAUGUCAGAAAAACUGGGUCAGGAUAUCAAACAAUCCAUACUGAAGGUGCCUCCAAUCCUCCCCAAGUCUGAAAUCGACCCUGAGCACUGUCGAGUCUCUGCUCAGCUCGAUGACAAUGUGGAUGAUAAUAUCCCACUCCGGGUAAUGCUGCUGCUGAUGGACGAGGUGUUUGAUCUCAAAGAGAAGAACCAGUGGCUGCGCAGGAAUAUUAAGAACCUUCUGCAGCAACUCAUCAGGGCCACAUAUGGGGACACAAUCAACAGGAAAAUCGUAGAUCAUGUGGACUACCUGACGUCACCAGAGCAGGUGGCAGAUUACGUCAAGAGGUUCAGGGAUUCCUACUGGCCCAAUGGUAUUCUAGCUGAGACCCCGCCCCGCCGGGACAAGAACAUCCGCAUGAGGACACGAGUAGCUGCCAAAACCAGCCUUCUGGGAAUCAUGCCAGAUGAGCUGAAGCACAUCAUCGGAGCCGAUACCACGAGGAAGGGCAUCCUCCGCGUCUUUGACAUGUUUCAGUACCAACCCAUGAACCGUCGCCUAGUCUACGUUUUCCUGGAGGGCUUCCUGGAGACCAUGUUCCCUCAGUACAAAUUCCCCGAGCUCUUUGUCAAGCUGCACUCCCGUUCGCCACGCAUCCAUAGAUACAACCAGAAACUGAAAUCCACCUCCCUCAAGAGGUGACAGGAGAGGACAGAGGCAGCAGGACAAGGGCCGAUAAGAUACACAGACUUGAGAGCUGAGGAUGUGAGUGGCAGUGGUGGGGAUUGAUAUGACUGUUGUUGAGGGGGGUGUGUGUGUGUGAGAGAGAGAGAGAGAGAGAGAGAGAGAGAGAGAGAGAGAGAGAGAGAGAGAGAGAGAAUUCUGCCCUUCCUCUUCCCUCACACAUUGCUGAAGGUAAAAUCACUCUAUUUUAUCUGGCUGAUUAUUUCUGUCAAGACAGAAACGAAGGAUGUGUAACACUUGGACACACGUGCAAACACAAAUCUCAUAAUUUGCACCAAGACUGAACUUGGCUGUGUUUUCUUUUUAGUUCCCCUGCUCCAUUUGAGACUUUUUUUGUUGUUGUUGUGUUGAGCGUCAUUCUGGGCCAGCUGAUGCUGCUUUAUCAUGGUCCAGAGAGCCCAACCACAGGUAUCGUUGUUUUUAAACUGCAGGACUCAAUAGCAUUAGACCCACACCUUGCCUUACCUUCCUGCUUCUAUCUGUUGGCCAGUGCACCACGUCAGCGAAGUGGCCGCACAGCUGUAAUCAAACCCACCCUCAUGCUGUAGACAUCUAAGCUGCAAAAAUCACUUGCAAACUGUGUUUUCGCAACCAAAAAACGUCGAUUGCACUGGGUUUAAGAGCCACUGUUUUUAAAAUGUGACAAAUAUCUUUUUUUUUU